AUGUUCAUUAUUGCAUAUGCUCUUUAACUCAAUAUUUAUUUAGGUAAAUUAUAAGAUCCACUAAUACUACCCAAUCGAACUGGUAUGCUUGUAGACAUUUUUUAUGAUGUCAUUGACUCCUUUAAAACUCGUAGAAAUGAACAAAUAGAUUUACUUUAUGUUGAUCAACCUGAUUAAGCCAAUAUAACUUUUAGCUUUCUUCGAAAUUAUAAUUAAGAAAAGAGCAUUGUUCUAACAUAAGAUGCAAUUCAAUUGGAUUAUUCUGAAUAUGAUGUAUUUCCUAUGAGUUAUACAAGUAGUUGUCAAAACCAAUACUUACAGAAAAUUAUAUUUUUAUUUAUCCAAGUCUUGUUGUUACACUUUUCUCUAGAAUUGUAUGGGAACUCUUUUUCAAUUACAUUAUCAUUAUAUUUCCUUGGAUUAUGCUUUAUGCAAAUUUUAUGAUUUUUUUCCUUUCAAAACAAAAGUAUAGAACCUACUCCAAAAAAAUACGUGUAUCACUUUAAAUUCUUGUUGGCAAUCAAGAAACCAAUCAGUAAUUUAACCAUUUAAUCAAUAUAGAUCUACCUUAAUACUAAAAAUCAUGUUUAUUAUUAUAACUUUUUUAAUAAGUGCCAUCAUAUUCAUUGAUUUUAUAUAUGUUGUAGGAAAUGCAAUAUAAAGACAAAAUUUUAAUUCUCUUAAUGAUUUAGCCAUGAAUCAAUUUCAAUUAUGUUCUGUUAAAAAUGAUAGAUUUGUCUCUGAAAUGAUUUAACGUUAUAGAGACAUUAGUUAUCAAGAAGAAGAAAAUAUUAAAUAAUGCAUUGACGUACUUCAUUCCAUCAAUUAUACAAGAUGCUCUUUAAAAAUGAAGAUGCUGUCAUUUUUGUAAGUGAAUUCUAAUAUGGACUCUUUCUAAAGAACUAUCCAGAAUAUACAUACUUAAAGUACUAAUUAAAGUACAACUCUUAUAGAAGUUAUCAAUUAUUAUUUAAUUAAACAAUUGAUUUUAAUAUCAGAAAAGUAAUUAUUAAAUAUUUAAACUAGGAUAUCAAUGCCUCCAUAGAUUAAUUAUGGCCUUAAAAAUAUGAUCUGGAUGUUAGGAAGAAAUAUUUAGUUUAAUUGGUCUAUGUUAAAUCUGCAGUAGUUUCCUUAAUUUUUACUAAUAAAACUUUUCUCACUACUAGCAUCAUGAUAUCGAUAACUUCCAUUCUUUUAAUUUAAAUAUCAAUUGUAAGAAAAUAAUGUAGAUUAUGUCGUAAAAAAUUACCUUUUCCAUUCAUAUCCCAUAAAGCCAAGGUAAUACGUACCAAAGAAACUAAAACAAAUAUGAAUGAUUCAUAAAUAUUUAUAACAGGGAUUCUAGAAGAACUAAAAAAUUGA